AUGGUCAUGUUUAUGAAAAAUUCUACAAAUCGAAAUAUUAUUAAUAGAAAAGCGGCAACUGGAAUAUCCAUAAGUGGUAAAUCUACAACUUACAAAAAAUUAUAUAUGGAUACUCAUAGACUAACUGAAAAAUCUGGUUGGGGCCUAACUAAACAAGAUCAUGCAAAUGGAAUCAAUAUUAUUAAAGCUAAAUUAGAAGAGUUGUGUCCAUAUUAUGGAAGAAUUAAUAUUCUAUAUGGUGAUAAACAAAAUGUGCAACCUACUUUUCUUGAAAAUUUCAGCUUAGAUAAUGAAGAUCGUAAUGAAAUAUUUGAUAAACAUUGUCAAGAUCAAAAUCAAAAUGAAAAUGAAACAGAAAAUGAUUUAGAUGGUAUAGGAAAUAGUAUAAAGAAUAAUAUAGAUGAUGUAGAAAAUAGUACUGAUAAUGCUGAAAAAGAAAUUGCAGAACAAAAAUUAAGUAUUGAAAAAGAAAAGCUUGAAUGGAAAAAAGAAAAAGUUGAAAAGGAAAAUAUAAAAGAUAAUAAACAACAACAGAAUAAUAUUAUUAUAGAACUUAUACACCAAAAUAAAUCUUUAUUAGAAAUUAAAAAAAUGUUAAAUUUUUUUAACAAUUUGUAA